ACGUAUAAGAUGAGAAAGGUGAUUGAAAGUCUACACCUUUACUCCUUUGAAUAGAAGAAACAGAGACGGCUGGUGAGGAAAAAGAAAACCCUAACGGCCCAAAUUCAAAGCCUUUGGCCCAGUAAGUUAGUUAGAGCUCAGAGAGACACGGCCAUGGGAGGCGGUCGAAACUAUACAGACUAUACCAAUACCACCAAUGAGCUUGGGGAAGGAGUAAAGAUUCGAACUCUCUCCUCUUUCUGCAAGUUAAGACCAACUCUCUGGAACGUAAGAGGAAGAAACGAGAUGGAUCCAACAGAGGAGGAGGUGGAGAAGAAGGUGAGAGAGAGAAUCAGACACAAAGUUAACCAAGUCAGUUCUGUCUCGCAGUCUCUUCUCUCUCCCUUACAAGACCACAUCAACUUCACCCUUCAGAAAGCUUACUUCAAGUGUGCGUACGAGUGCUUUGAUAGGACAAGAACACACGCUGAGAUUAGCCAAUGCGCAGAGACUUGCAGUGUUCCAAUCACAAACGCUCAGAAUCAUUUUGAUAAUGAGAUGUCUGUGUUCGAAGAGAGGUUAAAUAGAUCACUUGUGGCUUGUCAAGACAAGUUUGAGGCUGCCAAGCUCCACAAGACGAGGAAUGAAGCUGUAACUGGUUUGGAGCAGUGCGUGAACCAAACUGUUGACGAUGCUGUGAAGACGCUGCCUAGUCUCGUGUCGAAGAUGAAGAAAGCUUUGUCAAUCCCUGACUGAGGAGCUCUGCAACAAACCUAAUCCAAGAGAGAUAGAUUUUCUAACUCUUUAUGUUUUCAUCAUAUGUUUUAUCUUUUUGAACUCAGUUACAGCAUUAUUAGUAACAGAGGUUUUUUGGUUAAGGCUGAGUGACUAUGUGGAAGAUUAGGCUAAUCCAGAAUGAGUAGUAGAACAUGUAAGAGAACAGCAUCAGUUAAGAGUAUUAAUCACUUGCAUAACUACAAUGCACGGUCUACCA